UUGUCUAAAGCGGGGGAUCUGUUCUCAAUCGAUGACAAGAGUAUUGUCGCAGAUCUGUCUGAACUUAUAUUUCACAUCCAGAAGAUCAGUAGUGCCGGCAGUUUUCUCGACAAACAUAAUGACCAAAGUGUGGUUGAAAUCUGUUUGACUCGUAUUACGAGUGCUAUUCGAGACACGGGAACCAUUGAAGAACACGCCGGAGCACUGGUAGCACUGCUCGAGUCAUGUUUACUACACGAUCUGAAACCAUCGAAGAAGGACGAGGACCCGCCUCACGCCAAAAUCGCCAGCGAUGUUGUCUCCUGUAUAUUCCUCAAUCACAGUAAGAAGUCAGUGAUGAGACUAUCGGUUCCAAUUGCUGUCAAACUUUUGCACAGAGGAAACAAAGAGUUGAGUCGAAAUCUCUCCAGUUAUCUGUCAUUAGCGGCCAUUAAUAACGCAGAAAUUCUCUCGCCUCACAUCCAACCUAUCAUUGAUUCGAUAAUCGGUGGUAACUAUUCAUUGGCGCGAGUCUUGCCUAAGAUCUAUGCUGUGAAUAAGGAACCGAUUCACGACCACAUCAUGGCAUUGGUGUGUCUUUUACCACAAUGUGAUACUCCGGAGAAGUUAUCGCUUCUUAACUUAUUUGCUCUCAUCUCAAAGAAUAAGCCGUCGAUUUUGGAGUCAAAUUUACCACAAUUUAGUGAUUGUUUAACUCAGUCUCAAACGGCUUAUCCGACUCUUCAGAUAUUCUUAGAUAUGGCGCAAACGAAUGCAAAGCCAUUCACUGAAUACGUCUACAGAGUUAUCACGGCGUCUGAACUCCAGACCGGAAUGCUUUCAAUCGCCGCACAAUUUCUUGGUUUAGUCGGAAAAUUGAAUCCAAACAAAGGUCGCGAUUGUCUUAAGUUUUUAACUAAUCAAUUGUCAAAAUCAGAUCUGUCGACAAUGAUUACGCUAUUGAGAGAAAUCAAGUCAAUCGUUGAAGUCUUUCCCACACUUUUGCCAUCAUUUUUGCCACAAAUUAUCUCACAAACAGAGAACUCGACGUCAUCUACGGUACAGUCAUAUCUGCAACAAAUCAGUUCCAUUAACAAUGCGUCCAACGCUUCCAAUGCCAACGCCAUAACCAUUGUUAGAGUAAAUUGUGAUAAUCCUCUAAACGGUUUUAACGGUCAACAGAAUAGUAAUACAAAUACUUCUUAUACAACACACACCACUUCCGCCAAUCAUAGCAAUCAUAACAAGAAGAUCACUUCAUCGCUCAACGACUGUAUUCUUCCGUCUCCUCUAAAGAGUAUUGGAAGCAAUAGAUUGGGAACAAGUAAUAUACACGUCAUUCAUAGAAGUAUUCCCAGACUUCAUAUCGUAAGCGGAGGGCAUAUAAUCGGACGCCACUCGUCGUCUAAUGUUCACAGAAGUCUUACGGCUCUAAUGAUGGCCAACCCAUCGACGAGUCGACACCAUAUGAACCGGAUGUCCAUCGAGAGCGUCAACGCAACCACACCCACGAGCUCUCAAAAGAGCGCUUCCAGUAGUUAUUUGACUGCUUUGCAGGAAAGAGAAUUGGCCGCCAAGUCUUCCAAAGCCGUCGCCACUUCUGUCGAUUCGCAGCUUCAGACACACGUUCAAAACGUGACCUCUUCCUCCUCCUCUUCGUCUCAUUAUAAUUUAAAACUUUCAAAAAGUGAAAUCAUUUCAAACAGUAAUAUUAAAAUUAGAGAUAAGUCGGCGAACGCGACAAUUGGGCCACAAAUGGGUCAACAGAAUCGGGUGUCUGUUUUCGAGCCGUAUCCGAUGCGCGACGCCGUCCAACACUUUUGCGAGAAACAUAUCGAUAAAAUCAAGGCAUAUAUGCAGAAAGUUUUUGUCAAAAUUCCUCUUCCGGUUAAGUGUACGAUAGAAGAGAGAAAAGCCAAAAAAGUGGCAAAACUUCACUUUGUAUGUCAAGGAAAGGGUGAACACUGUCUUUACUCAAAGACUUAUUUCAUAAUGAAGACUAGAAAUGCCCGCAUUUGGAUUCAUCUCAUGUUUCUGGCACUUCAGGCCAAAGCCAUGUCCGCCCUCUGCACUCGUGAAACAUCUGUGAACGCACUCAAGAAUUGUUGGGACACUUUGAAGGCUGACAACCGAACCUUUCUUACUUUAGUCACCUCUUCCUUCCCAUCGGCUAAAGACCAGGACUUACUUAUCGCUGAAUUACGUUCUGAACGCUAUUUCGAUGUCUUUGAAUUCAACGCAAUCGUUACCAUUUGGGGCUGUUUUCUAUGCAAUCAUCCCGAGAGGGCCAACGGCUUCCUCAAGAGUAACGAACCCGUGAUUGAGGGACAGCUCAAAGAGAAAAAAGGAAAGUGGAAACUAUUCAGGAGAUGGAGGACCAGAUAUUUCACACUUUCAGGCAUUCAAUUGUCUUAUAGAGAAGGAAAUGGUGAGAAGGAUGGCGACGCCGUAGAGAUCGGACAAAUCCAAAGCGUGCGGGCGAUCGGCAGUUCCAGAGGUCGUACGAUUCCGAAGGCGUUUGAGAUUUUCACCAAUGAAAAGACUUAUGUAUUAAAAGCCAAAAACAGCUUAAAUAACGAACAAUGGGUUCAGUGUUUGUCUAUAGCUAUGGCUCACUCACAAGCAAAAGAAGCCAACCCUAAGGUAAUGGUCUUCUCAAUAAUAUAAGUUUAUAAGUCUAUCACUAAUUUUAAUAUCAC